AUAAAAUCGACUCUCUCGAAGCCAACCGACUUUCUGCUUUCUGUUUUCUAGGUCGCCCAAAAUUCGCCGAUGGCUUCCGCCGCGCCGCCCAUCCUACCCGUCAUCACACCCGCAGGCGGCGGAGCGGCCACCGGAUCCUCCUCCGCGCCUCCGAUCUCCUCCUCCGCCCUCCGCCUCUUCCUCUCCCGCAUCUCCGACACGGCUCGUCGCUCCCUCGCGCACCGUCGCCCCUGGUCGGAGCUUCUCGACCGCUCCGCCUUCGCCCGCCCUGACACCCUCUCCGAAGCCACCUCCCGCCUGCGCAAGAACCUCGGGUAUUUCCGCGUCAACUACCUCGCCCUCCUCGCCGCCACCCUCGCCAUCUCCCUUCUUUCCCACCCCUUCUCCCUCUUCCUCCUCCUCGCCCUCCUCGCCGCCUGGGCCUUCCUCUACCUCUUCCGCCCAGCUGACGCCACCCCGCUCGUCCUUUUCCGUCGCCCUUUCUCCGACCGGGAGAUCCUUGCUUGCCUCGUCCUCCUCACUCUGCUCGUUGUCUUCCUGACCUCCGUCGGAUCCCUCAUCGUCUCUGCUCUCUUGGUUGGCGCCGCCCUCGUCUGUGUCCACGGCACUUUCCGCGUUCCGGAAGAUCUCUUCCUCGAUGAUCAAGAUCCGACUGGCCCCGCCGGCGGCUUCUUGUCCUUUCUAGGCGGUGCUGCUGCGUCGUCGGGCACGGGCGUCCGCAUCUAAUUUGGAUCUGAGGUUGCUGAUCUUGAUUUAUUGCGCUGGAUCUGCUCGAUCGAAGCUUUGAUUUGCGGCCAAGUAGCAAUUAGGUAUUCUUGGAUCUAGGGCUUCUUAUGAUCCCUUAUCUUUAGUAAACGUUGCAACCAUUGAUUAAUCUGGCAGCAUAAGAUAUACAGAUUCGUAAUGUAUGAUCCUAAUAUUGUUAUUCUCUUGAACGUGCUGUAUCUGCUGAACAACGAUGUUGAUCUUUAUCCUUCUUUAUGGUAUGACUAUGAUUGAAGUUUCCUUUA